AUGGGUGACGGUAAAACCAUUCCUAUUACUCAUACUGGUUCAACUCAAAUACAAGCACCUGAUUCUGUUUUCAGGCUUUCUAAGACUCUAUGUGCUCCAUUAAUUAAAGGGAAAAGGGUACCAGCAGCUACUGCAACUGAUCCAGGGUAUUUAAACUAUUUUUUGGGUGUCGAGGUUAAAAAAGAGUCAGGUGGUCUUCUUCUCACUCAAUCAAAAUACAUUCUUGAUAUUCUGUCUGAACUGGAUAUGCAAGAUUGUAAAAGAGUCCUGACACCAAUUUGCUCUGGUAAAAUGCCUCGAGCAGUUGAUGGUUCUCCACCUGCUAAUGCCACCCUCUACAGGCGCACUCUCAGUAAGUUUCAAUAUUUAUCAUUCACACGGCCUGACAUUUCUUAUGCUGUCAACAAACUAUCACAUUUUAUGCAUGAUCCUACUAAUGAACACUGGAAGGCGGUUAAAAGGAUACUACAGUAUCUCAAAGCCACAACAACUUCAGGUCUUCAUAUUCUUCAAAACUCAUACUGCAAUCUUUCCAUGUACGCUGAUGCUGAUUAG